GUGGUCAUGUUGUUGUACUGAGAUAGAAGUCUGACUCCUCCUUGCGUGACGUCUCGGGGGUUUAACGCGCGUGCACAAGCUGGAGCCGGCGCAUGGUGUUAUAGUGGAUGGUGAGAAAGAGAACACACAGGGGUUAACAAUGGUGAAAGCAAACAGUGUUGACAGUUGCAGUGGCGGCUCCAGCAGUUCAGAAAACUCCAAGGAGAAUUCACGGUCUUCCACACCAGUCCUUGAUAUAGAACGUCAUGAGCGGCUCACAGAUAAAAUGCGGAGGCGCAUCGAAGCCGGAGAUAAGUGGUUCUCUCUGGAGUUCUUCCCACCACGGACGGCAAAUGGUGCGGUUAACCUGAUUUCUAGGUUUGACCGCAUGGGCUCAGGAGGGCCCCUCUUCAUUGAUGUGACCUGGCACCCAGCCGGGGACCCUGGCUCGGAUAAAGAAACCUCUUCUAUGAUUAUUGCCAACACAGCCGUCAAUUUCUGCGGCCUGGAGACCGUGUUGCACAUGACCUGCUGCAACCAGACAAAGGCAGGAAUCACAAAGCACCUUCAGAAAGCAAAGCACCUGGGACUGAAGAACAUUAUGGCCCUCAGGGGAGAUCCAGUUGGUGAGGAGUGGGAAGAAGAAGCAGAAGGUUUUAAUUUCGCUGUUGAUCUUGUGAAACAUAUUCGCCGUGAAUUUGAAGAUUACUUUGAUAUAUGUGUAGCUGGUUACCCUAAAGGCCACCCGGAGGCAGAAAAUUAUGAACAAGACCUGCGUUAUCUAAAAGACAAGGUGGAUGCUGGCGCUGAUUUCAUCAUAACGCAACUCUUCUUCCGAGCAAAUGCGUUCCUCACCUUUUUAAAGGACUGCAGAGAUAUUGGUAUCACUUGCCCGGUUCUUCCAGGAAUUUUUCCAAUCCAGGGCUACUGUUCCUUGCGUCAGUUGGUAAAACUCUCCAAACUGGAGGUUCCACAAGAAAUAACGGAUGUGAUAGAACCAAUCAAGGAUAAUGAUGCAGCCAUUAGGAAUUAUGGUAUUGACCUGGCCGUGUCCAUGUGUAAGGAGCUGCUUGACAGUGGUCUUGUGCAUGGGCUACACUUUUAUACACUUAACCGUGAAGUGGCGACAAUCGAUGUGCUAAAACGACUUGGAAUGUGGAAGGAAGAUCCAAGACGGCCUUUGCCAUGGGCAGUUAGUGCCCACCCAAAGAGAAGAGAGGAAGAUGUACGACCAAUAUUUUGGGCAUCAAGACCUAAGAGUUACAUUUACAGAACUCAAGAGUGGGAUGAUUUUCCGAAUGGUCGCUGGGGCAACUCCUCCUCUCCAGCCUUCGGGGAACUGAAGGAUUACUACUUGUUUUACUUGAAAAGCAAAUCCCCUCAAAAGCAGUUACUGAAAAUGUGGGGAGAGGAGCUCACCAGCGAAGAGAGCGUUUUUGAGGUGUUUAUGAAUUAUAUCUCUGGAGAUCCCAACCGCAACGGUCAUAAAGUCACCUGUCUGCCAUGGAACGAUGACCCUCUGGCCCAGGAAACAAAUCUACUGACGGAGAAGCUGCAGAAAGUGAAUAAGAGGGGGAUUCUGACAAUUAACUCCCAGCCCAAUGUAAACGGGAAACCGUCUACUGACCCAGUGGUGGGGUGGGGGCCCAGCAGAGGUUACGUGUUCCAAAAGGCAUACUUGGAAUUCUUUACGUCAAGUGAAACUGUAACUGCCCUCAUCAAAGUGUUAAAGAAAUACGAGCCUCGCGUUAAUUAUCAUAUAGUCAACGUACAGGGUAAAAACAUCACCAACUCCUCCGAUAUGCAACCGAAUGCCGUAACCUGGGGAAUCUUCCCUGGACGUGAGAUUAUUCAGCCAACCGUUGUGGAUCCAGUUAGCUUCAUGUCCUGGAAGGAUGAAGCUUUUGCCUUGUGGAUAGAACAAUGGGCUAAGUUGUAUGAGGAUGAAUCUCCUUCCCGCAUGAUUAUCCAGUACAUCCAUGAUAACUAUUUCUUGGUGAACCUUGUAGACAAUGACUUCCCCCUAGAGAACUGUUUAUGGCAGGUGAUAGAGGACACAUUUAAAGAGCUUGAUUCCCCCUCAGAACAGUGAGCCAAGGGCUUUGUCACUACUUUCUCUACCUCAUGGUGUUAAGAAAAAACGCUGGUGCAACUCCACUCAGCACAGCUCUUUCAGAUACCUACAGGGGAGAUGGUCCAAUCAGAGUUUUCGGACUUGCGUUUGCACAUGCUUCAGUUGUGUCCUUGUGAUAAGUCUGUGCAGAUAUCACCAUGCUCAGAAACCUGAGAGGAAUACAGCAUCUUACUCAUAA